GUGACGGGCAGUGGUCACGGAAACACAGAGCGAGACAAGGGGCGAUCCGCUGAGGUGGGGGAAACGUCUAAGCCUUUUUCUUGGUGGAGCCAGUGUCGUUGAUGGGAAGAGGAUGCAUUGCGGGCUGCUGGAGGAGCCUGAUAUGGAUUCCACAGAGAGCUGGAUUGAAAGAUGCCUCAAUGAAAGUGAGAGCAAGCGAUACUCCAGCCACACGUCUCUGGGGAACAUGUCCAACGACGAACGUAAGCAGCACCAACCCGUGGAAAUUGAGCCCGCGUUCCUACUGAGAACUGCCGAUGAGGAAAAAGAAAAUAACAGAGCCACUAAAUCACAUUCAACACCAGCUACUCUGGAAUGGUUAGAAGAAAAUUAUGAGAUAGCUGAAGGUGUGUGCAUCCCCAGAAGUGCCCUCUAUAUGCAUUACCUAGACUUCAGUGAGAAGCACGACACACAACCUGUGAACGCAGCCAGCUUUGGGAAGAUUAUAAGGCAACAAUUUCAAGGACUAACUACCAGAAGACUGGGGACAAGAGGCCAGUCUAAGUACCACUACUACGGCAUCGCAGUGAAGGAGAGCUCGCCGUACUACGACGUAAUGUACUCCAAAAAGGGGACGGCGUGGGUGAACGAGACGGGGAAGAAGGAGGUCACGAAGCAGACAGUGGCGUAUUCACCGCGCUCCAAACUGGGGACGCUCCUGCCAGAGUUUCCAAAUGUCAAAGACCUAAAUUUGCCUGCCAGCCUGCCAGAAGAGAGGGUGUCAACCUUCAUCAUGAUGUACAGAACACACUGUCAGAGGAUACUGGACACUGUUAUACGGGCCAACUUUGACGAGGUCCAAAGCUUCUUGCUGCACUUCUGGCAGGGCAUGCCGCCCCACAUGCUGCCUGUCCUCUGCUCCCCCACGGUGGUGAACAUCGUCGGCGUUUGUGACUCCAUCCUGUACAAGGCCAUCUCCGGGGUCCUGAUGCCCACCGUCCUGCAAGCACUGCCUGACAGUUUGACUCAGGUUAUUCGAAAAUUUGCCAAACAGCUUGAUGAGUGGCUAAAAAUAGCACUUCACGACCUUCCUGAAAACCUGAGGAAUAUCAAAUUUGAAUUGUCGAGACGAUUCUCUCAGAUUCUAAAGCGGCAAACAUCUUUAAAUCAUCUCUGUCAGGCAUCGCGGACUGUGAUAAACAGUGCAGACAUCACCUUUCAAAUGUUGGAGGACUGGAGGAAUGUGGACCUGAACAGCAUCACCAAGCAGACACUUUACACCAUGGAGGACUCGCAGGAGGAACACCGGCAGCUCAUCAUCCACCUGUAUCAGGAGUUUGACCGUUUAUUGGAGGAGCAGUCCCCGAUCGAGGCGUACAUCGAGUGGCUGGAUUCCAUGGUGGACCGCUGCGUCGUCAAGGUGGCAGGGAAGAGGCCCGGGUCCCUGAAGAAGGUGGCCCAACAGUUCCUGCUGAUGUGGUCGUGUUUUGGUACCAGAGUCAUCCGGGACAUGACCCUCCACAGCGCGCCCAGCUUCGGGUCUUUCCACCUGAUCCAUCUCAUGUUUGAUGAUUACGUGCUUUACCUGCUGGAGUCGCUGCACUGUCAGGAGAGGGCUAAUGAACUCAUGAGGGCCAUGAAAGGCGAGGGCGUCACAGCAGAGCAAGAGGAGGAAUUUGCAUUGACGGAGACCACUCCGACUUCCCCGUCUCCAGGAUCCUUCUCUCCCGCCCAGUCCGUCCACUCUGUGGCCAGCUCGCCCUCGGCCGCCGUGUCUCCAGAGUACACUGGAGCCACCAGCACCACAGGCGCUGUUCAGUCAUAUACCUGGUCCCUUACAUACACAGUGACAACAGCGGGCAGCUCUGCUCCUGAGGCCGGACAGCAGCUGUCCUGUAUGAGGAGCAGCGCUCCGGUCCCUCCUCCAUCCUCCACCCACAGGAUGCCGGUGUACACCCACAGGGAGGAGCACGGAUACCCUGGUAGCUACAGCUAUGGCAGCUAUCCCAACCAGCAUCCCCACUCCAUUCAGAGCCAGUACCCGAGUCUGGCCCAUGAGCCGGCGAUCGCUGCCCCCCUCCACUACUCCGCCUACCACCGCUCAUCUGCACAGUACCAACAGAUGUCUCGAAUGGAGCCUUGCUUGAUGGGAACUCCUCGGUUGCAUUCCACGCCUGUCGCCCCCCGGUGGCCAGAUGUAUCUCCUGCUAAUAGCUGUUACAGCAGCCCACCUUUGCAUUCAUCCCGCUAUGCCACCUCCGGGGACAUGUACUCCCCCAUAGGUCCCCGCAGGAACUCUGAGUACGAACACUCACAACAUUUUCCUGGCUUUGCCUACAUUAAUGGCGAGGCCACCACAGGAUGGGCCAAAUAGUCUUUAAAACAUCACUUUGGACAUCCACGUACAAGCUCCAGCCCUGCCAAACCAGCAGGUGCAAAGUCUCUGAACACUUUCGGUCAAGUGCAUCAAAAAAGGAGCGGAGAUAAAGAAGUACCAGCAUAAGGUGAAAGGAAUCAAGGCUGCAAUGACAAUUUGAACAGACUCAUCACUGAUGAUGUUGGCAUUACUUGAGCAGAGGUUUAUUAAACUUUUCAUCGUAGUUGAUGGAAGAAAAAUGUUGAGAUCCUAUAUAUUGUCAAAACUUGCAGCAAAAUCAUUUUGAGAGUGCAAUGCUGCUGCCAAGCUGUGCCUUUGUUUUAAGGAAUGUACACCUCUCCCAGAGUUUCUUCAGUCUCUCAAGUCAGAGCUCACCUCAACCAGUCAGCGCUGUAAGCUGUUCCUGACAGUACAAUCCCAGUGACGUCGCUCAGCACUGCAACAUGCUCUUGUAAUGAGCUCUGAUGCCUUAACCCUCUCCUGGGACGCCUGCUAUGCCAUUAGAAGGUGACCCCCAUCAAUGAGUUAAGGUGUUUCCACCCCUGGACAGGUUUUUUUUUUUUUUUAAAUGACUGAAUGCUGUGACUCAGAAACAACAAAUACAUUCUCUUGCAAACUUUUACGCUUUUCUGCUGUGAGUAUAUGGUAUGUUUUUUUCUGUAACCUUGUAACAUGGUGUACCUUUUAUUUUCUAUGUUACAAUUGGUACUUUGUCUCUGUUUUGUAUGGUUAGUAAAGGAUGCAUUAACUUAGAGUUGUGUGUUUUUAUAACGCACUCAAAGCUACUGAGGACCUAUUACCCUGUGGGUAUUUAUAGAAAGGGAAAAUAUCAAAGUGUACAGUAACAGAAGUUUAGUCACUUUUGUGUAAAUACCGUAAAAGCACUGGAACACAUCUGUGGUGACAGUUAAACUAUCACAGUUGAAAGUUAUGUGUAUGUGGGAAAUAUGCUGCCACAUAAAUAAUUUCACUAUUUAAAACAGUGAGUCGUACUUGUCAAAUGUCUUCAUUUUUCUUCUCUUUUUCGUUAUUCUGUCUGUGGAGAAAUGCACAAAACCAUGCACUAAAUGUCCAAAUAUUAACCAACUUAAUAAAAAUCAUUAUGGUAUGAAGGUCAUAAUGUCAGCACUGUAGCAAAGUCUCGAGCUGCAGC